CGCGGCCUGUCCGACAAGCUGUACGAGAAGCGCAAAACCGCCGCGCUCGAGGUGGAGAACGUGGCGCGCGCGAUACUACGCGCCGGCGACCGCGCCAAGCUCGACGCGCUCGUCUCAACCCUGGUGAACGAUUUCGUCGCGAUGCCGAUGCCGAACCACAGGAAAGGGGGGCUCAUCGGCCUCGCCGCCGUCACCGUCGCCCUCGCCGGCACCGCGGACUCCAAACUCGACGACAUAGUCCCGCCGGUGCUCAAGUGCUUCACGGACACCGACCAGCGCGUCCGGUACUACGCGUGCGAGGCGCUGUACAACAUAGCCAAGGCGGCGCGGGUCGCGUUUGUCGGCCAUUUCCCCGAAGUGUUCGACGCGCUGUGCAAGCUGUCGGCGGAUAACGAUCCGAACGUUCAGAACGCUGCGCACCUGCUGGACAGGCUGGUGAAGGAUAUCGUCACGGAGUCCGUCGAGGCGUUCGACGUGGCCAAGUUCGCGCCGAUGCUGAGGGAGCGCAUCGGCGUGCUGAACCCGUACGUGAGGCAGUUUUUGGUGGGUUGGAUCACGGCGUUGGACUCCGUGCCGGAGAUUGACAUGCUCACGCACCUGCCGGACAUACUGGACGGGCUGCUGAACAUGCUGAGCGAUCCCAACAGGGAGAUCAGGCAGCAGGCGGACGGCGCCCUCGGGGACUUCCUCGCCGAGAUUAGGGGCGAGGGCGGGCGAGCGCACCGCGGCGCCGACCUCGGGGCGCUCGCGGCGAUUUUGGUCGGGAGGUGCGGCGGGUCGGGCGACGAGUUCACGCGCGUCACGUGCAUCAACUGGCUGAGGGAGUUCGUUUCGCUCGCGGGAGACUCGCCGCGUCUCGUGCCGCACUUCGCGUCCAUCAUCGGCGCGGUUCUGCCGUGCAUGUCGAGGACCGAGGCCAAGGUGAGGGAGACGGCUGCGAGGGCGUCCGAGGAGCUGCUGGCUUCGACAACCGCCGCGGCCAAGGCUUGCGCGCGGGGGAUCGGGGAGAUCGAAUCGGCGGACGGGCUGGACCUGCCGGGGGUUCUCGCGGCGCUGAAAAAGCACGCGGGCGAAGGCGCGAAGGGGCCCACUCGGCUCGAGGCUUUGCGGUGGUACGCGGCGUUGUGCGAUGGAAGUCCGGAGACUGUUCGCCGGUUAUCUCUAGACGCAUCCGGCGUCGGCGCGCUCGACGAGCUGCUCGCGUCGCUGGGGCACGACUCGGACGAGGUUGUGACGCGCGCGAUGCGUGUCCUCGGGUCCCUCGGCGCGGGCGAGGAGACCGACUUCGACGUCGUGGUCCGAAGGGUGGUGACCGUCUUCGCGAGCGACGGGGGCGACUUGCUGGAGCGAAGGGGCUCUGCGGUGGUCAGGACGCUCUGCGCCGAGCUCGGAGCCGAGCGAACGUACUGCAAGAUCGCGUCCAUCGUGCGCGAGGGCGGACUCGUGAGCGGGGACGAAGGGCGCGAGCUCGACUUCGCGGCGGCGAUGGUGGAGGCUAUGAACCUGAUACUUCUCACCGCGCCGGAAUGCGCCGGCAUGCGAGCGUCGCUCAGCGGCUUGACGCUUUCGAAGGCUUCGACACUGUUCCUCGCACUGUACCCGUGCUGGUGCCACAGCGCGGUGUCCACCGUGGCGCUCUGCCUGCUGUCCCGCGCGUACGCGCACGCGGCUCACGUCGCUCGGUCGAUGGGAGACGCCGAAUCCGAGGUGACGGUUCGAGCGCUGGUGCAGAUCGACCAGCUCGUGCACCUCAUCGAGUCGCCCGUCUUCGCCAACCUCCGACUGCGUCUGUUGGAGCCCAACGCACACCCGGACCUGAUGCGGGGAUUGUACGCGCUGCUCAUGCUGCUGCCGCAGAGCGACGCCUUCAGGACGCUUCACGCGAGGCUGGGCGCCGUUCCC